CUUCCAUUGAAACCACACAUGCCCUCUCUCCCUCUCUCUCUCUUUCCACUCACCCCUCCUCAACAACUUCUUCUUUCUUUCGAAUACAAUCGCCAACAACAAAACAUCAUCACCCUCUUCCUUCCAUUCUUCAUUACAAUUUUGGGGGCAUCGGCCUAACUGUCCGCCUCUCGUCGCUGCUGUAAUUGAUACGCCGUUACACCAUUAAUCGUUGUAUUUGCUCAGACCCUGCCUGUUAUCUUCUUAUCUGAAUGUCCGCCUUGCCCUCGUCUUCGCGUUUGAUGCUGGCCUUCUCGCCAUUUACGCAGACUUGGGAAUGAAUAGAGUCAUUUUGGAUACACAACCACAGUAGACGUUCAUGACGGACUGAGUCCUCGCCCAGUUCACCACCCCUUCACUCACUCAGUCGAUAAAUCUCGGCGCCCCUUGCCUACAAUCCAUCCCUCAGCCCAACGGGAAUUUCCCAUUCCUCCUUCUUCAAGACCGCGCGUCUGGGACGCCUCGCUCACUACAAUUUACCACAUACCCGGUUUCACGAUUGUUUCUGGAGCCGCCCCGUUUACAUCUAUAACGAUUUAAUACAAACCGCUUCAUCAUAAUGGCCACCAUUGCUCUGCCGCGUCCAGUCCCGCGUUAUCGCUCCUCCUCUCCCAUACCCACGCUCACCCACUCCAUAAACCUCGAUGGCAUCAACUCCUCCGCCGCGUGCCCAAUUCCUAUACCCAACAAACACCUGCCUGUCUGCCCACCCGGCCCGGCCCCAUCUGAUAAGCCAGAUACACCGCCAGCGUCGCCGCCCACGAAGCACUUGAAGCUCCAGCCACAGUCGUUGCUCUACCCACCUACCAACUAUAAGAAGGUCACGCAUAACUCCUCAGCUGUGUAUCUCAUUGAUGCGGCGGGAGUUGCAGCCGCAGUGAACCACAUCUCGCAGCAACCGUUGCCAGAGGCGGGUCAAGUGUUCCCGUGGCUCCAUGGCUUGCACCCCGCGAACCAUGUGCAGCAGGCGUUCUUCGUGGCACGGCGUAAGGCCCUGCGGAAGACCCCGGAGUGUUACCGUGGAGUAACAAUCGUCAAGGCCGACGGGAACCUGAGCUGCUCCCGGUUGAAGUCUGCUGUCACUACCGACGAGUUCAUGCAGACUGCUAUGGCUGAGUUCAAGGACAUUGAUCCUAGGGAGGGCUUCUCUGUAAGGAACUUCCAGAUCCAGUCUGCCAAGACAGCUAUGCUGUCUGAUAUCAUUGUAUACGGAGAAGACGCGGACGAAGUGUUGCGAGUGGGCAGCGAUAUUGCCAAGGCCCAACGAUCGCGGCGGCAAGGGCUCAAGGCCCUCGGCCACGAAGUCCCAGUGUACCAUACGUUUGUGUGUACGAGUCAUUUUGAGGAGUUUGAAGAACAUCAUCCGGAGAUCGUGGUUGUGGAUACCCGCGGCGAGCUGACGGGGAACGUCCUAGACUUCUUCCACCAGGAGCGUGUAGAGAUGGCUACCAUGACGAAGGCGUCGGAGAUUGCGAGAAAUGUGUGGCUGGGGCCGACGGAUGAUUUGUCUAUGAGCGGCCCGUCACCAGAUGAUGAGCCGUUUGAUCUCUUCAUAGAGUGCAGCGACCUCGGCCGAGCCAAUGUGCGGGCCCUGAAGAAUAUCGUUCGUGAACUUGACAGUGGGGCUGAAACAAGCCAAUAUGUCGAGUUCCCGUCUUCUGGGAGCAUCAUGCCGCCGUCCUGGCCGCUCACCGAGGCUGACGAUAUAGUCGAGAGCUGCAAGUGGAUUUACAACUUAGCGAACGGCAUUAGACCCUCGGAAGACGAGGGUGAGAUCACCGAUAUUGAAGGAGACAGCCCAAUGCCCAGUCCUAUAGAAACUAGAACAAGCAGGCCACGCAAGAUCCUCAUUUACUGCACUGAUGGAUACACAGAGUCAUCCAUGCUCGCACUCGCCUAUUACAUGUACGCACACGGCGUGACAGUUUCAGAAGCCUGGCUGCAAAUGCACAUCGACAAGCGCCGCAACUUCUUUGCCUACCCCUCCGACGUGGCACUACUGAAUUCCAUCGCCCCAAGCAUCCUCUCCAACUCUCCCGCCCUCGCACACACCGCCCCGCAGGACGUCACCCAACGCAUCCAUGACGAGCCCGCCUGGCUCGCCCUCAUGGACGGCUCCCUACCCAGCCGAAUCCUCGAUUACAUGUACCUUGGAAACCUCGGGCACGCGAACAAUCCCGAUCUCCUCCGCGCUAUGGGUAUUGGCCAGCUCCUCAGCGUCGGCGAGACUGCCGCCUGGACUGCCGCCGACAUCGCUGCCUGGGGCGAUGAAAACGUCUGCGUCGUCCAAGGCGUACAAGAUAAUGGCGUUGACCCGCUGACUAACGAAUUCGACCGCUGUCUCGCAUUCAUCAACCGUGGCCGCCUCAACGGCACAUCAACUCUAGUCCACUGCCGCGUCGGCGUCUCUCGCAGCGCUACAAUCUGCAUCGCCGAAGUAAUGCGCGCGCAGUCCCUUUCCUACCCACGCGCAUACUGCUUCGUGCGCGCGCGCCGCCUUAACGUCAUCAUCCAGCCGCAUCUGCGCUUCAGCUACGAGCUGCUGAAGUGGGAGGAGACGAUGCAGGUGAGGCGAGGGGAGCGGGUGAGGAGGGAGUUGGAAUGGGGCGAGAUUGCGAGGGAGAUUGCGGCGAUGAAUAAGCCGUAUUCGCGAUAAUUUUGGGGUUUUUGGUUUUGGGGGUGCUUGAAGUUUUCCCUUUUCUUGGUUUGCGGUUUGGGCGGUGCGGGUUCUAAGGUCUCCUUCUGGUUUUUACU